AACAUGACGAAGUAGAUAAAAAUCGAUAUUAUAGAUUUAUCUAUUUAUAAGAAUAAGAAUUCAGGUACAUCUUCUGUUAUCUAAAAGUAACAUGUUAUAAUUGAUAGAUAACGUUUAAAAUAGUCAUUAUGAAUGGAUUAAUAUUUAUAAGAGAUUAUAAUACUUAAAUGUGAAUGUUAAGAAGUAGGAACAAUUUUUCAGUAAUUUAAAUAAAAUUCAAAUUAUAGACGAGGUUAAUUACAACAAGUUUCUCGCCAAGAUGGCUGUCAAGCUAGAAUUUGUAAUAAAUUCUACCUGUGUUGCUCAUUAUUCUAAGAUUGAAGAAAAUCUUUGUAAAAUUGGGAUACCAAAAUCUAGUAUACAAACAUUACACAAUGUAAGCUCCAUUAUUAUUAAAACAACUUUACCAUCAACUUACGUAUUAAAUACCAUUGAAUCAACGGGUGUUAAAGCUGUGCUUAAAGGAUAUGGAAGUACUACUAAUGCCAACAUGGAUGUUGCUGUUGCUAUGUUGGGUGGAACAACUGGUUACAGUGAUUCUAAUAUAAAAGGCAUUGUACGUUUUAUUCAAAUAAAUGAAAACCAAUGCAUAGUAGACGGUACAAUUGAUGGUUUGACUCCUGGAAAACAUGGUAUUCACAUUUACGAAUGUGGAGAUGUAUCUAAUGGAUGUGAAAGCAUUGGUAAUCAUCUUAAUCUACUUCAAACAAAGCAUGGUAGUCAAAUAGAUGAUAAAAGCCAUAGACAUACUGGAGAUCUCGGUAAUAUUGAAGUUGAUGCACAAGGCAGAACAACAUUUUAUCUCUAUGAUCAUCUUCUUAAUGUAUCAGAUUUGAUUGGUCGUUCUAUAGCCGUUACUGAGAAUGAAGAUGAUUGUGGUAAAACAAAUAUUAAUAGCUCAGAAGUUGAUGGAAAUUGUGGUAAAAAAAUUGCAUGUGGAAUAAUAGCUAGAUGUUCUGGAUUGUUUGAAAAUAAUAAAAAAAUUUGUGCUUGUGAUGGUAUCACAUUGUGGGAAGAAAGAAAUGUUCCAUUGGCAGGUCCUGGUAGACAAAAGAAUAAUAAAAUUUAAAUAAUACUUGGUUUAUUAUUUAUAAAGUUACCACUUUACAAUAAUUAAUGAUACUGAAAUUAUUAAGUAUUAAAUUUUAAUAAAAUGAUGUAGAGUACAAAUUAUUACUUAUAAAUUAUUGUACAAUAAAAAUAUAUUAUAUAUAGUAUAAUAUAGUUAAAGAACUUAAAUGGAAUUUUAAAUUGGUCGUUGAUUAAAUAUAUUAAAUAUACAAUUAAUAAAAAACAUUUUGUACAAAGUUU